GGUACGUAUCGCUUAUCGUGCGAGCACGUUUUGCGCUCUCUACGCCGUGGUCGUGAGACACUUCUCACGUUACUCGAAGCAUUUGUGUAUGAUCCACUCGUAGACUGGACAACUGGAGGAACGACUGCUGGUGGUGCUGGUGGGGGCGGAGCGAUAGCAGUCACUGGAACAGGUGGUAGAGCAGCAAGACGACGUAUGGAAAGAGAAGUGACCAGGGACAUGUUGGCUGUUAGAUUUUCGGAGAUCAGACCGGAAUGGAAAAGCAACAAGGAGGAUAUUAUUAACCAAUUAACGGCAUUAUCGGCUAUAGCAGAACGUUUGACAAAUGAAUCGUGUCAGCGUGACCAGAGUUUAGAGCGAAAGAAUGCGCUUUUCAGAUCUAUGACUUUGGCGAAUGAUGCACUAUGCGAUCCUGGACAUAGGCUGAGACAACUGGGUCAUCGUAGAUUGACAUGCCAAAGACAAAAGGAAGCGCAUGAACUAACCAAACGAUCAAUAUAUGAACGCAAAGAAGAAUGUGAAAGACAAAUGUUAGCACACGCUAAUGCGUUAGAAGCAGUUAAAGCAACACAAUUAGGAAAUUGGGUUGUUGUUGAACUAAACUCUAUGACGACGUUAGGAAUAAAUGAAUUGAACAAUUCUGACAACCAAAAUACUCAGGUACUUUGUUUUGACAUAGUGCGCGAAUUUUUGCAUAGCGCUGGACAGACAGCUAUGACUAGCCAGUGCGAUGAAAAUGAAAAUGAACUUCUUGGUCUUGCGCGACAACAAGCUACUUUAACCAGAGUUUGUAUGGAGCUACUUGGAAGGUAUGGUACCAUUGUAUCACUAUAUCCUGUGACAAAUCUGACUCGCCAUCGCACAGCGCGAUAUUCCCAUUGGGCCAACAUGCUCCUGGUUGGAGAAUCACCUCAAGUUUGUCGCGAAGUAGUUGCACAAUUUCAAACCGAGUUUGGACCACCAUUGCCUGGAGCCGAACAACAACAUAUAGUCGCCUACUCAUUUAGAUUACAGAACACUCUUGCUGAAGCAAAUAUACGUCUACAAAAUGCUUGUGAAAGAUUGCAGCAAAUGGAGGCCGAUAAUAAUAUGACUGGUAAACCAACACCAAAAUAUGAAGAGAUUUAUCUGGAAGCACGUAAUAACAUUAACCAUUUCCUGCGAGUUCAAGAUAAAACCGCUGCAAGAUCAUUAGAAUCUAUAGUGGUUUCCACAUUAAGUACCCUAAAUCAACAGUAUAUAAUGUUAGAAACGGCCGCAUCGGCUGCCGGCGAAUGUCUGGUAGAUUUAAAUACAAGAGAGGGCGAUUGGUUCCUGGACGGUUUAAGAAUGACAUCAGCUUUGAUAGCUGAAAUGGUUAGUGUCAUAUCAACAGUUGGAAAUUCGGAUGACGUUCAAGGAGAAGAAUACAUUGUUUUAUCACUGGGUGCUUUACGAUCAACAGAUGCAUUAUACCAGAGCUUACAUGAUAUCAAUAAAAAUUUCCAAAAUAUUCUUCUCCCAGAGAUUCUUAAAGGUGUUCAAUCAGAAGAUCCAUCAGUUUUAACCAUAAUGUCUACAUUGAAAGACAUUGUUGCAGAAAUUGGAAUUCCAGUGCCUGAAUUGUUGAAACAGUUAGAAAUGCACUUGCGAUUCAUCAUCAUGGAAAUGGAUUCUCCUCACACAGCAUUACAUUCAAUUGUAUUAGAUAUACGUCAGAAAUUUGAAGCUUUACUCAAUAGUUGUGGAAAUUCAGAAAUAAGUUCUGAUGUAGCCACAGACAAAAUUUCAACAAAUUGCAAUUUAGAUCAUGGACAUAUGCUUCUCAUUGGUUUUUGGGGCAUGUGUGACAAAUUGCAAAGGCAGCAUGACGAAUUGUAUAGAAUUUUACAACAAUUGACUGUCGGUACGUUACCAUCUUGGAGAAAAUUGACCAGAUAA